UUCGAUUGUCAUACCUGCAAAUCAAAGUUCUUUGCCUUGCCCUACAUCUAAUCCCAACUCACAUUUCACUCCGCCAUGGAACACCGAACGUUCGGGUUGAGCUAUCAGGCACAGCAGAAGGUCCAGAAACUUCAGGAGGAGAAGCAGAAGCGCAAGGAGGAGCGCCGCGCGCGUCGCGCUCAUGCCGCAAGCGAAACCGACUAUGAUGACGCCGUCUCUACCAGCUCUUCUACGCUUUCUGGUACUCCCCAGGCCAGCAUAUCUACCCGUGAAGCGCAGAAACUUGCCAACCCCGACAGUUCGCUCCAUACCGCUUCUAAAAGCCGCCUGAUGACACAAAAGAAGGAGGGCAUGUUCCGCCUGGCAGCCGCGGAGAAACCUGAGACAAAAUCGCGCUUCAAGUUUGGUAGAAAAACCACCCCCGGUUCCAGUUCGACAAACCUUGCCGAAACCACACAAACUCCGGCCCUGAGACCAGCCUUGGCCAAGGUGCCCACCGGCAGCUCUGUCUCGUCCCUGUCGAUCACAACACGCUCGUCUUCGCUGCCUAACCUAGACGACGUCACUCUGGCCCGAACCAGUGGCCGGCUCUCCACAAGCCAACUGGAGCAUUCGGGCGCGUCGCUGGUUAUUGGGGUGUCCGUAUUGGGCCGCGCAGCUACCAAUAGCUCGGACUGGCCUGCGCGCGGCUCCCACUCGCUGUCGCGCGAAGUUUCGCGUGUGAACUCCGUUGCAGGCUUGACCCCACCUAGCUCCGGGCCCACCUCGCGCCAGACAUCGGUCUGCCUUACGUCCAAGAAGUAUGAACCCUCCGCGACGCUCUUCACCGAGAAAAGCGAAAUGGCUGGGAAGAAACAAGAUGUGGAACAGAGCAUAACAGAAGAGCUCGAUACGUCUGACAGGCUGCCACCCACGCGGAAGUACGCCGCUUCGGUGGCCUCCGUUGACCCUCUAACCACGUCUGUGGAUGCGAUUUCCGAACACAGAGCCGGUUCGGUGGGAACCCCCAGAGGUCCUACAGACAAGAUUCCCAUUGCUGCCCGCCUAUCCCCAGAAGCCAUUGCGACGCAGCUCAAACUCGCGCAGAUCCUUCCGGUGGCCAUAAACGAGCCGGCGCCCGCGCUCCGUGACAAGUGGAAGAAGAUGCUCAAGUUCCUCGUCAAGCAGCACCCCCAGGACCCCGUUAUUUUCGCGAGUACCCGCAUGUACGCGUUGCAGCAGUUCCGCCAGGGCUUCAUGUCACUGAAGUUUGCGUUGUUGUUGACACGUAACGUGUUUGUCGGGUGCGAGCUUCUCCCCGAGGAGAUGAUCCAGCGCAUUGUUUUGGGCUAUCUUCAGGAGAUGAAGGAAGACAUGAUGGAAAGACUGCGGCGGAUCCUCGAGGAGGGUGGUACAGACCAAACGAAGCACUCAGCGACGUUGUCAAGCCUGCCGCACCCAUCUACGGUCGACUGGUUGAGUGUCUUCCUGGACGAAAGAGCAGCGGAUGUCGAUCCGAACUUUGUCCUCCGCGAGAUCCACAUCUUCGAGAAGCGCACCGAGGACUUGAACCUAGCCGAACUCUACUUCAUCCAGAUCAUGAAAAAAAUGAAUAGUAAUAGCUUGUUGAAUCUUACGGUGGAGAAGCAUUUGCUUGAAAAGUUAUCUGAGCGGGAGACCGGCAAGUCGACCUCACACGACCCGGGAAGGCCCUUUGCCUCGUACGCCAACUUGGCCUCAACCACGAGUUCCGGGUUCUCCACGCCGCUCGUCAAGCCAAAGGCCGCGCCCAAAGGCGAAAUUCGCGUCAUGAACUACAACAAAGUGUUUUGCCAUCUGCUCACGUGGCAGUUAUGCUUCGAUCAGAUCUACUUCAAGGUAUAUGAAUCCGGAUACCAUAACGAGUUGUCGCUUGACACGUUGAUACCGCUGCUGAUGUACCUGCUCAAGGACACGCCGCGCGAAGGAUUGUACGAUGUUUAUCUCCAACCGACGGACUGGGAAGCUGAGGUGCAGCCAGAGGAACGCUCGGAGGAACGCCCGGUAAAGUCCGUGGGGUUUGACGCGACACUGCUUCAUCUGGAGAUGCUCCGCCGCGUGGGUGACGGGAACUCCACUCACCGCAGCCAGGCCAGACAGGGGCUUGUUUUCCACCAUGCAACGCAGCGCGAGAAGGUCAAAUACCAUCAGCUGCUGCCAUCCUCGGGUGAGUGCAGUAAUUCGCGCCACAUCCGCGCUAGCGUGGUGCGCGGCGACACGACGUGUACCGCGCUGACCAAGCCCUGGGGUCCGCGCAACGCGCGCUAUCUUGUGCACCCGUUGGCGACCAUUCCACUGGGCCUGUUCGACUGCAUCAUGAGUCUCGACUUUUGGUACCAGGUACCGCUGGCGCGAUACGAGGAAAUCUUGAGCCACUUCUACCGCAUCUUGGAUCUGGACCGCGGUUUCUUGCAGUUGUCGCUCUUCGACGUGAAGUUGAUGAAUGCCACACAAGAAGAUGAUCCGAACUUGCUUGAGGAGUUUUACCACACCAUCGCGGACAGCAUGGAGCGCUUGGGCUACGACCCGCAUAGUCCGCGCACCGUCAUCCCCAUGUUGAGGAAAAUCGGCUUCCGCACCGUCAAGUAUAGCGUUGUUGCGUUUGACAAAAGCAACGAGAUGAUUGAGAGCUUGUUGAAGUUCUGGGAAAUGCGCUUGGAUCACCGCUUUCUCAAUGCGAGCGGUCUGGAAGGCGGCGCGCAGGAUGCCGAGGUCCGUGCCACCAGUAAUUUGGAGAAGAUCGAGGCGAACUGGAAUGAAAGGGGAUCGAAUUACUUGGUGAAUGUGAUUGCUGAGAAGUAAUGGAAAGCAGGGGAGGGGUUAAUAGGCUUUAGGGAUAUAAUUGAGGAUAACAAAAGUUGGUGCGGUAGUCCCGUAGGUGAAUAAAGAGCAGGUCCCAAGUGACCAAGGGAUAUUAUGUUGCGUGGAAUGAA